CAAUUUUGUUUUCCUGUUCAUUCGAUUUAUCUUUGAUUAAGAACUGAAAAGCCGACUCUUUCAACUGCCUUUGCAGGCUUAAGUCAACUAAGUCAUGUCUGUUUUGGGCUUGGGCCGAAAGCCCAAGGAAAAGGUUUGGUUCGAAAGCAACAACUGCACCUAUUUCGGGAUUGUUGGGGAAGAAAAGGAGUAUGUCUUCGGCUUUACUAUCAAGAUACUGCAGACGGUAUGCGCAAGCUCUUCGGCACAAGGUGGAUGGAGUUGCGAGCUGCGCCAUAUCAACCACAAGAAUAAAACUUUUUCGUGCUUCCUGACCACUACAGCGCUCCAUAAAGAAAGUCAGUUCAUUCAUGAACUCGCUGUUGCCGAAGGUCUACCACCUGUGAUGUCAAACAACGUUUCAAGCAAUUUGCUGCAUUCUUUUGUCCGCUGGAAAAAUGAGGAAUUCAUGAAGUUUUGCACCAAAAACAAGCUUACAUAUGAUAAAAUUCCUUUGGAGUAUCGAAACCUGCAACAAGACGGAACAACUUACGCGUUUGCUCCAGAUCUGUUUUUUGAAUUGAAAGAAUCAGUUGAAAGGAUCAAUCCCAAUGGUUCCUCUUACACCUGGAUUUCAUCCAAACUGCGAAAUGUUAUUCCUUUGAAAAUUGCAGAAACCACAACAGGUGCGAACAUCUUGGAGGUUAUACGACAGAAGCUCGAAGCUGAUGGCAUGGAAGGGCGAUUCCCAGGCUUUCUACUCGUUAACGGGCAUACGAACGUUUUGAGCUUGCAUUAUCGCGAAAUCCUAAAAAUUUUCAAUCUCUGCCCUAAUUUGCUGAUGUACGGCCCAAGAGCAACAGGAAAAUCGUUCUUCGCUGAAGCAGCAGUUUCGUUCCUUGGAACAAACGCGACUGACAUUUGCGUUUCGAAAGAAUUAACCCUUGCUGCGGUGAAGGAUAGGUGCACAGGUGAUCCAUUUCCACUAAUAAUGCACGAUUGCCCGGAUGAAGUUGUGGCUGCAUGCCUUCAUAGUUGCUACGAAGGGAAAACUUUACAAAAGCACGAAUCACACAGGAUGCCAGUUUGCAGUGUUACUGUGACCUGUAACGAGAAACAAAUGUACUUUCUGCAACAAAGAUAUGAACUCCUUUCACGGACUGCAGUUCUACCAAUGCUAACGCAAAUUAAGUGCAAGUCCAAACAAGAGCAAGAAGAAAUUCAACGAGGGAUGAAAGAAGCUUCCUUUCACUUUCCAAAGUUAUUAAAUUUCAGCACAGCAGACAAAGAAAACCUUCGGGCAAGGGCAUAUGAGCUGCGGCUGCCAAUUUCCGAAGUUUUGUCAACAAGGGUGACGGACAGCAAGCACCGAAUUUCCGAAAACUACGCGAUUGUUAUCGCGGCAACAGAAUUGUUUCUUGAAAAAGUUGGUCUGGUCGGUUGGAAGGCAAAACUUCUGCCCUUUGUGAUGCAAGAGAUACUUCCGGAAGCGAUUCCUUUCUAUGUCUACAGAGAAUGCGGAAAAGCAGUUCAGGUCAGAGCGGGGGGACUGGGAUCAGAGCGAGAAAAUCUGUUAAACGAAUUCUGCCAAAACGUCCUAAAGAUCCGAAAUGGCUAUCCGGAAGAGCUCAGCAAAUGCUUUCGAUUUAUGCCUGUUGGAGACUACGUUUGCAUUAGACAAAACGAGUUCAACGCGCUGGCAUGGAUGGUGACACCAACGUCGGCCGCUAUUGAUGGCCUUCUGCGGGCCUGCAAUGCUGUUCCUUUGCAACCACAAAAAUUUCCUUCGGGUAAUGGUUCAGUGACUUCGCACAGAUGUUAUGGGAUUCCAAAGACUGUUUUCGAGGAGAAUCAGUUGGAUGUAUUGUCUGGCUGGGCUGCAGAGCUGAGCGGCCUAAAUGAUUCAACUUCAAAGAAAGCACCACUUUCUCCUUUCAAAUCCCAAAGCUCAACCUCAAGCGUCUUUGUCCCACUUGCAACAUCUACUCAAAACGCAUGCCCUAGUCUGAUUCCGUUAUCUGCCUCGGUCAGCCCUGUUCGCGAAUCACCUGAAGUUCCAGUUCGCCGUUCCAGAGAACCACCGGAUGCCAACAAAGCGCAAGAUGUUGGCCGACCGGAGCAGCAGGAGUCCAACAGCCAAUCUGGGCAUAUUCGUGUUGCGGCAGACCCGGUGGCGUCCACCAGCUUCACGACAGAAGAAACACCUGUCAUUCCGCCAAAAGCUGCACCUAAAAAUACCAAAAAGAGACCCUUAGCCGCAGACAUCGCCUGUCAUGCCUGCGGUAAACGAUCCGGGGAAGAAGACACCGGAAACACUGUCAUUUGUUCCGUCUGCAGGAAGCGAUUUCACAUUGCAUGCCAAACGUUCGAUAGCAAACUGUGGCCCAGUAAGCAAAACGCACGUCAACGAAAAUGUGAAGGGUGCCGUAAGAAUGUAUAA